UAUCCGAACCAAAUUCCCUCAUUCAUUCCUCUCUUCCCUCGUUUUCUCCCCUCUCUUUCUCUCUCCAUCUCUCUCCCCCAAUUCUCCAUUUUCAGAUCUCACUCCCCCCUUUCUUCAACCCCAUUUCCCUUGUGCCCAAUUCACCAAUUUUCAUUCCCUUCAAUUCCCACCAGCUUUACAGCAAGCCCCUUGACCCCCUUUUUCUCAAAUUCAAAAUUGAGUAUGUCUUCUACUUCUAGAGCUCCUAAUCAGCCUCCUGAGCAGAUUCUUGUUAAGCCCUCUUUUGGUGAUUACUAUAGAUUCUCCUCUGUGGGUCAUCUUACUCCUGAGCCUGAUGUUCUUGUUGUUAAGUCUCCUCCGUUAAAGCGCAGUAAUGAAGGGGCGGACUUUGAAGGUGGCUUUGGUGGACGGUCCUCAAAUUCUAGUUUCCCUCCUCAAACACCCGUGUCAGGAAAAAGUGUGAAGGCACGUAAAGUUCCAAGGAUGGCCAAGUCCAACCAAACUGGAUCCGAAACUCCUGCAGCAAAUGUCGGUUCUCCUCUUGGCAACAAUUUCACUCCAGCCGGUCCAUGUCGUUAUGAUAGCUCUUUAGGCCUUUUAACAAAGAAGUUUGUCAACCUGCUAAAAAAUGCAGAAGAUGGCAUUAUUGAUUUAAAUAAUGCUGCAGACACAUUGGAGGUGCAAAAGAGACGUAUAUAUGACAUAACAAAUGUUUUAGAAGGAAUUGGUCUCAUAGAAAAGACAGUGAAGAACAGAAUACAAUGGAAGGGACUUGAUUCUGCAAGGCCUGGGGAUGUUGAUGAGAGCACUGGUACCUUACAGGAAGACAUUGAAACUUUUUCAAUGGAGGAGAUUAGAUUAGAUGAAAAAAUAAGAGAAAUGCAAGAAAGGUUGAGGGACUUGAGUGAAGAUGAGAAUAAUCAGAGGUGGCUUUUCGUAACUGAAGAAGAUAUAAAGUCCUUGCCUUGUUUCCAGAAUGAAACCUUAAUCGCAAUUAAAGCUCCACAUGGCUCCACUUUAGAAGUUCCAGAUCCUGAUGAGGCCGUUGACUAUCCUCAAAGGAGAUAUCGAGUGGUCUUGAGAAGUACCAUGGGUCCUAUAGAUGUCUAUCUUGUUAGUCAAUUCGAGGAAAAGUUUGAGGAGAUUAAUGGUGUUGAGGCUCCAGCAAGUAUUCCUCCAGAAUUACCGGUCACAGAGUGUCAAGCUACAGUAGUUGUGCCCGAGGAAAGCAGGGAAAAUGCGACUGAUAUGCAGGGACAAGAAACUCGUACUAUAUGCCCAAAUGAAAAUGAAUCCCAUGACAUUGUUAAUGGAAUUAUGAAGAUAGUUCCAGAUGUUGAUAAUGAUGCAGAUUACUGGCUUUCAACAGAUGCUGAAGUUAGCAUCACUGACAUGUGGAGAAUAGAGUCUGGGGUUGAAUGGAACGAGUUGGAGCCACUUCACGAUGACUUUCUGAUGGCUAGUGUCAGCACGCCUCCAAUAUCAAGGCCUGACGAGUUGCCUUCUCCCCCCAACACUACAGGGAGGUGAACCCGCCAUUACAACUAGAUUCAAAGAUAUCAAUCUUUCGUGAAUAACCUUGAUUCAUUUCUGAAGCAAUUGCAUCCGCAAGGUGUUAUUUGCAAGAUUGACGGGAAGAAAGACAAUUAUUGCAAGCUAGGAUUGAUGAAAGGAGCAGCUGGUUCACUGUACAUAUAGAAGCGCGAAUGACGGCUUUUAGUAUGAAUGACAAAAUGAUAUUAAAUCCAUAGUUUCUGUAUAUUAGUAUGGAUUAUCGUUAAAAUUCUGAUUAGGUUACAGGUUAGUUUUAGACCCAUCUGACGUGAGUAUUAUGCUGUGUUCAUUGUCUCUUUUA